CACUUGGAGCAAUAACCAACUGCCGUAGGAGCGAAACAACAGUCAGCGAACGCUACUCAACGCUUGCGGUUUGGCACGACAACAACCGGAGAAAAGAUUCGACACAAAAGAGUUUCCGCAACGAGCUAAACGGAUCGGUUAAAAAUUGCUGUUUAGCUUAAAGGCAAAUGGUUAUCCAAAUUUGUGCUCAUUAAAAAAAACGUGAAUCAAAAAGAAAUAACGUUAGCAUUUCCCUCUUCAACAAACAACAAAUAAAAACUCAUAACGUAAUACAUAGCAGCAUUACAUAACUUAAGAAACAGCCUUGGAAUUGAAGUCUAUAAUAAUCUAAUUGGCACACAUAAAUCCAUACCAACAAAAUGCUCAUCGCUGCCUAUACUCGCAGUCUGUAAGUAAAUAUGCUGCUUCAUUAACGAAAUCAAGAGCAAACCAACCAACAACACCGAAUUCAAGUCAACUAACUCAUAGUAGAUGAAUGAUAUUGAAAGCCGAUAGACAAAGAAAACAAAACAACAUUCCGUUUCCGUGCCUCUCUGCUCUUCGUGAUUGUUUUGGCUUUGUUAAUAGUUACACUGCAUCAGUAUUGAUAAAAGUAAAUAAACAACCAGAAGGUCCCACAAAAUGCCAAACAGUCGGCUGUGCUUACAGCAGCCGAAAAUCAGGUAUCAUCGAAAUUGCCAGCAAUCUCAACAACUGCGAGAAGUACACGCUCAUCAGCACUUAGUGUCGGCCAAAUAUGUCAAACGUAAUGAUGGCGCUCGGAAUCAGCUGGUUGUUUUGAUUGCGAUUAUUUUGUUUGAAAUAAUAACAUCCAACGCCGCAUUAGCUGAUGGGGUUACAUCGUUUUCUAGUGAUACGAUCAUCGGCGAUAUUCAGGGUGAUAAUGCCGGAGUUUCCAGCAACCUGCACCAUAAUAUAAUCGGCGAAAUUGUGGGCAAAAAUAACUUGGACGCUGGUUCCGUGAGCGACGGGAACACCGGUACACAAUAUCGCAAUGGAUUCCAUACAAAAUUUUCUUCAGUAGAUAAAGAAGUAGUUGAUCGUUUAAUUAAACAAUGGGCACCGAUUGUGUGGUUGGCACCAGAGGAAAAAUUUAUGCCACUCGGUGUAGAUGAAUUUCUGAACCAUGUACAUCCCAUGGAUAAAGGCAAAACCUUCAUACCAGGCAUGCCAAUUGGCGAUGAUUCGAAGAAGGCAUAUUUGGUGACCAAUGCAGAGAUAGACGAACUACUCGAAAAUGAAAAGUCUUUUAUCUACGGCCGAAAUCCAAACGAAUCGCCCGUGCCAAUUUACGCAGUAGUUACGCUUUGUAAUGAACCCAUGCAGAAAACAACUGUAAAGCUAACGCCAGCAGCUCCACCAACAGCAGCCUCCCAAACUCAAGUGAAUGGUUUGCAACAAAACAAGCUGCUGCUCUCCGCAAGUCCAAAAUUCAUGCCCAGCGCAACGUCUACCUUGGCAUCCACAGUCCCAAUAAGCAGCACACGUGGACCUUACAUUCCCGUUUCAAUCGAUCCAUUGGAUGUGCGCAAUGACACAGUGCGCCGUUCAUCACGACUGUAUCCUGUAUUCAAACGUGUGCGACGCAAUAGUUUACGUCCGGUCGAAAACAAAUAUAAUUUACCAUUAUCACCGCCGAUCAUGCUCAAUUUACCGCCAAAAGAUCUAGUUGUAGAGCCCUAUAGCGAUCUUGUCUUGGGUGAGAGCAGUCCCGUGGCUGUGGAGCAGUCCACAGGCGCAGCGGACGUGUUAACCACAGAUUCUCCAACACAAGCAGACAAUAAUAGCGGACAAGUUAACAAUUUCAUUGCUAAUUUGGUGGACAAUGUGAAAUUCAGUAUGCCUAUCGAUGACAUGUUGGAGGAUAACAGCAUAGAUAUAGACAGCAGUUUUGAUCAUCUUGUGACAAAUAAUGAUGGUGAGAGGCGAAAGUUGCGUAAAAAGAUGCCCAGCUUUCAUGUCACAUAUUGGAUGUUUUAUCCAUAUAGUCAAGGCAAAACAGUGUGUACUCUCAGCCUUGGACCGCUGGGCAGCAUACCAUUUCCAGCAGUCUAUGGAUUCUGUUUAGGACGUCGCAAAGAUAUUGGCAGUCACAUUGGCGACUGGGAACACAUGAGUUUAUAUUUCACUGGCGACGCUGAACCGGAGGCAAUGUAUGUAUCGGCUCAUGACGCAGGCGCGUAUUACUCAUAUAAUCGACUAACCGGAUCAUUUGAGUUUAAGAAACAGGAAACUCGUAAGGGCAUAUUACAGCGGCCUAAUUUUCCGAAAACGGUCACAACAUUUAAUAAUCAUCCAGUACUGUUUGCGGCAAAAGGUUCCCACGGGCUGUGGACUGCACCAGGAAAACAUCGUUUUGUCAAAGUAGCGAGACUUUAUGAUAUAAAUGGAUUCGGAACACCGUGGAAUACAUGGAAAUCGGUUGAAAUUUCAUAUGAAAACUUAAAAUCCUACGGACGCGCUCUGGUACCAUCUUGGCUCUCAUUUAAAGGUAAAUGGGGAAAUCCCAAAAGCAAAUGCCACCCAUUUCGACGAAUUGGUCUAAAUUUUUGCGAAUAUACCGAUGGACCCACUGGCAUACCACUAAAAGAGCCGCACUUCCAAUGUGAUGCAACUUAAUGAUAUGUAGGAUGUUGUAUGCUCUAAGUUUAGACUAGUUAAUUUUAAUAUUUAUUACAAAAAUGUAUUAUAAUUAUAAAAACUGUGCACUGAAAAAAUAUUGUUUGAAUAUACUUUUUGUAUGAUAGCAUAAAAAAA